AUGGCAGUUGUUUUACGAUAUGUAAACAACAAUGGAUAUAUAAUUAAACGUUUUCUUGGCAUUCAAGAUGUGCGAGAUACAACUGCUAGUUCACUCAAGGUAGCUAUUGAAGCUUUGUUUUCUAAAUCUGGGCUAAGCAUAUCAAGAUUCCAUGGUCAAGGAUAUGAUAGAUCUAGUAAUAUGCGAGGUGAAUUCAAUGGCUUGAAAGCACUUAUUCUAAAUAACAAUCCAAGUGCAUAUUAUGUACAUUGUUUUGCUCACAGACUUCAAUUGACUCUUGUGGCUGUUACAAAGAAGCAUAAUGAAGUUAGAGAUGUCUUCAAUUUUAUUUCUAGCAUUAUAAACAUAGUUAAAGCAUCAUGCAAAAGGAUUAAGGUGAUUAGAGAAAAACAAUAUGCUAGAAUUAUUGAAGGACUUGAAAAUGGAGAAAUUUUUAGUGGACGAGGCUUGAAUCAAGAAACUUCUCUUAGAAGGUAUGGUGAUACCCGUUGGGGCUCCCACUAUGUUACAAUUAUUCGUCUACUUGCAAUGUUUUCAUCAGUUCUUGAUGUGCUUGAGACUAUAAGGGAGGAUGGGAUGAACUCAGAACAAAGAACAGAAGCAAUCGUUUUAACAGAUAUUAUGGAAUAA